AUGACCCUGGGCCUGCGGGCCCACAUGGGCCAGGCACUCCGAGCACGUCACCUCAUGUCACCCCCUCCCCUGGUGUGGCUCAUCCUCACCUUCAGUGACCUGGACUGUCCAGGCCCCACAGAGACCACUGACCUCGCCCUGAGCUCUGCCAGCACGGGGACUGCUCACAGGGGCACGUCUGGGGGGGGUAGCACCCCAGACUUCGAGGCUUGUGCUGAGGGGCCUGUGGUCAGUGCCCAUCUGUGCCUACGGGCCAGCCCAGCCACCUACCAGUUCAGCAGUCCCGUGGAGCCACACACACUCACCCCGCAAGACACACAGGUCUGCAUCCAGCAUGUGGGGGCUCCCAAUCUGGGCCCAAGAAAGCCUGAUGCUCUGCUUCCUCCACGCAUGGCCCUGCGUGGGAGGUGCCAGGGCCCAGAGCUGGACCUGGUGUCAGGGCUAGUGACGCAGCACGGCUGGAGCUGGGACAGGCAUCUGCCUGUGGCCUCGGGGAAGCAGAUGUGGCCUUUGCACCAGCAGAUUACAGAGCUAGCUGAGGCAGAGAGGGAUGACGAAGAUGCAGGACGUAGCCCCAAAACACUGUCCCGUGAGCAGAGCUACCCCUGCACCAUGGCCGUGUGUGAACACGCUGAACACCCAGUGUACGAGUGGUGUGGGACUGUGUCCCCAGUGUCCAUAUGCCGCCGUCCCAACUCUCGCAUCUCAGUAAAGCUGCUGGCCCUGCACCAUGGGCUGCCAGUCAACAAGGCCCAGGGCUCAACCCCACUGCCAGCCCCAGACAGGGGCCCCCAGGGGGACGGCUCGACCCCCUAUAUCGGGGUUCCCUCACCCCCUGUACCUGGGCCGGACGUGGGGGACCCUGGCCUGGCCCCUGCAUUUGCAGCUUCUGGAGACCCCACGGGCCUGUGGGCUAUCGAAGGACAGGAGAGCCCGCAGGCUGGUUGGGGUCUAAAACUCCUGACCGUGACGCUGACCCCAUCCUCACCCUGCACCUUCACAGUGCUGGCAUGUGCCCUGCCCACGGACAAGGGCCCCCCGGCCCUGCCACCCCUGCUCCCUGAGAUGCUGCUCCAGGAGCCACGUCCUCCUGCCAGGGGUCGUGGGGGCCGCCCCUGCUCCUCUGCCUACCCAACGUCCCAGGAGGCCAGCUUAGGAGGGGUCUCCAGGAACGGCCCCUGCACACCAACAUUUCAGCCCAAAAGCUCCUCAGGCCUCCAGGGGCUCUGGAGUCCGGGUGCACAGGUGCAGCAAGCCUGCCCGGUGUCCAGCGGUGGGAGAGCUAGGUCCUGCGGUGACCUCUUCUCUCCACGCAUCAUGCUGGGGCCCCUGCUGCUGCUCGUCUCCUGCGGGGGGGCCAUGCUCAGCGCCACCGGUCUGGACGACACCUUCUUUGCACAGCCUGGCCUCCAGAGGCUAACGGACGCCCCACAGACAGCUCCAGGCAGGGGCCGGUGCUCCACAUGGGGGGCCGGACACUUCUCCACCUUCGACGGCCACGUGUACAACUUUAAGGGAACUUGCAACUAUGUCUUUGCGGCCAUCUGCGAGGACGCCGCACCCACCUUCAGCAUCCAGCUGCGGCGAGGGCCCAGCGGCAACCUCUCCCGGGUCAUCGUGGAGCUGGGGGCCUCUGUGGUCACCGUGGAGAAAGGGGUCAUCUCCGUCAAAGACGUGGGGGUGGUCAGCCUGCCCUACACCAGCAACGGGCUGCAGAUCACGCCCUUUGGCCAGAGCAUACGGCUGGUGGCCAAGCAGCUGGAGAUGGAGCUGGUGGUCGUGUGGGGCCCGGAUGCCCACCUCAUGGUCCUGGUGGAGGAGAAGCACAGGGGCAGGAUGUGCGGGCUCUGCGGGAACUUCGACGGCAAGAAGACCAACGAAUUUCUGAGCGAGGAUGGCAAACUCUUGGAACCCCACAAGUACGCGGCUCUCCAGAAGUUGGAUGACCCCAAUGAGAUCUGCGCCUACGAAGCCAUCCCCAGCCCCCAGGUCCUGCAGGCAGAGCACGCCCAGACCUGCACCCGGCUGCUGACCCUGGUGUCCCCCAAGUGCACUGUGCCCAAGGAGCUGUUCCUGCUGAGCUGCCAGGUGGACAUGGCCGCGUGUGCCCAGCCGGGCCCGAACUGCAGCUGUGCCACGCUGUCUGAGUACUCGCGCCAGUGCAGCAUGGCUGGCCAGCCCGUCAGGCGCUGGCGGGGCCCCGGCCUCUGCUCUCUGGGCCAGUGCCCAGCCAACCAGGUGUACCAGGAGUGCGGCGAGGCCUGUGUCAAGACCUGCUCGAACCCACAGCACAGCUGCUCCAGCUUCUGCACCUUCGGCUGCUUCUGCCCGGACGGUACGGUUCUUGACGACAUCUCCAAAAACCUCACCUGCGUGCCUGUCGCCCAGUGUCCCUGCACACUUGGCGGGGUAGCCUAUGCCCCCGGGGAGGUCACAGCAGAUGCCUGCCGCACCUGCCAGUGUGCCAUGGGACGCUGGAAAUGUGAGGAGCGUCCCUGCCCACGGCGCUGCGCCCUGGAAGGCGGCUCCUUUGUCACCACGUUCGAUGCCAGGCCCUACCGCUUCCAUGGCACCUGCACCUACAUCCUCGUCCAGAGCCCCCAGCUCCCCGACGGGGGCUCCGUCAUGGCCGUAUACGACAAGUCUGGGUACUCGCACUCGGAGACCUCCCUGGUGGCUGUCAUCUACAUGUCCAGCCAGGACAAAAUCGUGAUUUCUCAGGACGAGGUGGUCACCAACAAUGGAGACGUCAAGUGGCUGCCAUACAAGACCGGCAACAUCACGGUCUUCAGACAGACAUCCACCCACCUCCAGAUGGCCACCAGCUUCGGACUGGAGCUCGUGAUCCAGCUACAGCCCGUGUUCCAGGCGUACGUCACCGUCGGGCCCCAAUUCAGAGGCCAGACCAGAGGGCUCUGCGGCAACUUCAACGGGGACACGACAGACGACUUCACAACCAGCAUGGGCAUGGCCGAGGGCACCGCCUCGCUCUUUGUGGACUCCUGGCGGGCAGGGAACUGCCCGGCCGCACUGGAGCGUGAGACCGACCCCUGCUCCAUGAGCCAGCUCAACAAGGUGUGCGCGGAGACCCACUGUUCAGUGCUGGUGAAGAAGGCCACUGUGUUCGAGAAGUGCCACGCCGUGGUGAACCCCAAGCCUUUCUACAAGAGGUGUGUGUACCAAGCCUGCAACUACGAGGAGACCUUCCCGUAUAUCUGCGCUGCCCUGGGGGACUACGCCCACACGUGUGCCUCGCGGGGCGUCCUGCUCUGGGGCUGGAGAAACAGUGUGGACAACUGCACCAUCCCCUGCACGGGCAACCGGACAUUCAGCGACAACAGCCAGGCCUGUGACCGCACGUGCUUCUCACUGUCUGACCGCACAGCUGAGUGCCACCCCAGCGCCGUCCCUGUGGACGGCUGCAACUGCCCUGAGGGCACCUACCUGAACCACAAGACCGAGUGUGUGCGCAAGGCCCAGUGCCCCUGCCUCCUGGACAACCACAAGCUCAUCCUGGCCAACCAGUCCGCCCUGGUCAAUGGCGUCAUCUGCUACUGCAUCAACGGGCGGCUAAGCUGCAGGGGGCAGCCGCAGAUGCUCCUGGCAACCUGCUCAGCACCCAAGACAUUCCAGCCCUGCAGCCAGUCCUCGGAGAACAAGUUUGGGGCGGCCUGUGCCCCCACGUGCCAGAUGCUGGCCACCGGCACCCCCUGCGUGCCCACCAAGUGCGAGCCAGGCUGCGUCUGUGCUGAGGGGCUCUACGAGAACGCCAGUGGGCAGUGCGUGCCCCCUGACGAGUGCCCAUGCGAGUUUGCAGGGGUCUCCUACCCCCGGGGCGCCGAGCUCCACACCAACUGUCAGACCUGCACCUGCUCGAGGGGGAAGUGGACAUGUCAGCAGAGCAUCCACUGCUCGUCCACCUGCACCCUCUAUGGGGAAGGACACAUGGUCACCUUCGACGGGCAGCGGUUUGUGUUCGAUGGCAACUGCGAAUACAUUCUGGUCACGGAUGGCUGCGGCGCCAAUGACUCACAGCCCACCUUCAAGAUCCUGACGGAGAACGUUGUGUGCGGGAAGUCGGGCGUCACCUGCUCCCGGGCCAUCAGGCUCUCCCUCGGGGGCCUAUCAAUCGUGCUGGCCGAUAGGAACUACACAGUCAGCGGGGCGAACCCCCAUGUGCACUUCCGGGUGAAGGCCGGCUCCUUGCACCUGGUGCUGGAUGUGACCAUCGGCAGCAGCUACAACCUGACCCUCGUCUGGAACAAGCACAUGACCAUCUUCAUCAAGAUGGCGCGUGCCUCCCAGGAUGCCCUGUGCGGCUUGUGUGGCAACUACAACGGCAACAUGAAGGACGAUUUUGAGACACGCAGCAAGUACGUGGCGUCCAGUGAGCUGGAGUUCGUGAACUCCUGGAAGGAAAGUCCACUGUGCGGGGAUGCGGGCUUCGCACUGGACCCCUGCAGCCGCAACACCUUCCGCCGGGCCUGGGCUGAGCGCAAGUGCAGCAUCAUCAACAGCCAGACCUUCGCCGCCUGCCACAGCCAGGUGUACCGCAUGCCUUACUACGAGGCCUGUGUGCGGGACACGUGCGGGUGCGACACCGGUGGGGACUGCGAGUGCCUGUGUGACACCGUGGCCUCCUACGCCAAGGCCUGCCUGGACAAGGGCAUCUGUGUGGACUGGAGGUCCCCCGACUUCUGCCCCAUCUACUGCGGCUUCUACAACACCCACACGCGGGCUGGUGACGGCCAGUUCCAGUACACGCAGGAGGCCAACUGCACGUGGCACUACCAGCCAUGCCUCUGCCCCCAGCAGCUGCAGAGCCUCCCGGUCACCAACAUCGAAGGCUGCUACAACUGCACCCAGGAUGAGUACUUCGACCAGAACAAGGGGACAUGCGUGCCAUGCCGUAAGCUCAGUCCUUGGUCCCCACACCCACCCAGGUCCCACACAAACCUAGGGUCAGCUCCGCACUCCCCAGGCUGUCUGCUGCCCACACCGCCCACGCCCACCACAGGCUUGCCUUCCACAGAGACCACGCCCACCACAGCUACUACCCCCAGGGCCACUGGGCUCAGCUCCACUGCACCCUCACCAGGCUCUCUGUCCACACCUGCAACCCCGACCGUGGGCUUUACACCCACGGCCACGCCCACUGCCACGGCCACGCCCACUGCCAGGGCCACGCCCACAGUCACGGCCACGCCCACUGCCAGGGCCACGGCCUCUGCACCCUCCUCCACACAGACAGGUGCCACCCAGGCAGAUGUGACAGUCUCCUCAGGAGCUGCGUUACUGGACAGCGGUGUAGGACCCGCGGGUGAAGGCCCCCGGCAGCAAUGCCAGCCCUCCACGCAGCCUACGCCCUCACCAGCCCACCCACCCCACCCCACACUACAGGGUGCGGGCAGGGCUGGGGACUCGAAGGGGCUCGUGGGGAGGGCAGACGGGCUGGAGGGCAAGCUCUGGGCCAUUCCCUGCAGGGUCACCCAGAACCACCUCCGCCAUCACCACGCGGGCCACAUCGGCACCGGCCCCCACAGCCACUCCCAGGUCAACAGUCCCAGGACCCACAGUGACGCAGGCUACGACGCUGCCCACAGCACCUGCUCACGGCACAGCCACAACAUCCACAGCUCGGUCGACAGCACACACCACGGCAUCACGGUCACCUUCAGCAACAGCAGAAACCUCCACAGGGCCCCCCAAAAGACCCCGCUCGCACAGGGGACAACACACCUGGAAGACCAGGGGUCCCCAAGGCCCACGUCAGGCCACAGCACUCUGCUGAGCAGCCCACAGACGACUCCUGCCACCACCACGCCCGGACCCCAGACUCACUUCACCACUCACUCCAUCUCCACGGCUUCUCUGUCCACCACGUCCCACACCACACGUCCGCCCACGGGAACACCCUCCCGGACCACCAACAAUGCCCCAACCCCGUCACGACCCCACAGCACUCUUUCCACUCAUGGUCCAACCUCUGUCACCUCCUCUGUCACUGCAACGUCCAACCAUGUUGUCACCCCAACCGGUCCAGAGGCCCACACUUCCAUGUCCACGGCGAGGCCAACAGGCACUCUUCCCCCAUCGACACACGUCCCUGGCACAGGCACGGUGCCCUCCCCCACUUCCCCGCCGUGGACCAAGACCACUCAAGACCACGGCUCUGCCAGCACCGCCAAAACCUCCAGUUCCUUCGUGCCAUCCCCGUCAGCACCAGCCCACUCGGGGACCACAUGGGCUCCACGCACCACCAUCUCGCCCAAGCCCACCAGUAGCGGAACUGGAACCCCCAUAACACACAGCGCCACGCCCACCGCCACCCCCAGACCCCAGACUCACUUCACCACUCACUCCAUCUCCACAGCUUCUCUGUCCACCACGUCCCACACCACACGUCCGCCCACGGGAACAGCCUCCCGAACCACCAACAAUGCCCCAACCCCAUCACGACCCCACAGCACUCUUUCCACUCAUGGUCCAACCUCUGUCACCUCCUCUGUCACUCCAACGUCUCACCAUGUUAUCACCCCGACCGGUUCAGAGGCCCACACUCCCACGUCCACGGCGAGGCCAACAGGCACUCUUCCCCCAUCGACACACGUCCCUGGCACAGGCACGGUGCCCUCCCCCACUUCCCCGCCGUGGACCAAGACCACUCAAGCCCACGGCUCUGCCAGCACCGCCAAAACCUCCAGUUCCUUCGUGCCAUCCCCGUCAGCACCAGCCCACUCGGGGACCACAUGGGCUCCACGCACCACCAUCUCGCCCAAGCCCACCAGUAGCGGAACUGGAACCCCCAUAACACACAGCGCCACGCCCACCGCCACCCCCAGACCCCAGACUCACUUCACCACUCACUCCAUCUCCACGGCUUCUCUGUCCACCACGUCCCACACCACACGUCCGCCCACGGGAACAGCCUCCCGAACCACCAACAAUGCCCCAACCCCAUCACGACCCCACAGCACUCUUUCCACUCAUGGUCCAACCUCUGUCACCUCCUCUGUCACUCCAACGUCUCACCAUGUUAUCACCCCGACCGGUUCAGAGGCCCACACUCCCACGUCCACGGCGAGGCCAACAGGCACUCUUCCCCCAUCGACACACGUCCCUGGCACAGGCACGGUGCCCUCCCCCACUUCCCCGCCGUGGACCAAGACCACUCAAGCCCACGGCUCUGCCAGCACCGCCAAAACCUCCAGUUCCUUCGUGCCAUCCCCGUCAGCACCAGCCCACUCGGGGACCACAUGGGCUCCACGCACCACCAUCUCGCCCAAGCCCACCAGUAGCGGAACUGGAACCCCCAUAACACACAGCGCCACGCCCACCGCCACCCCCAGACCCCAGACUCACUUCACCACUCACUCCAUCUCCACGGCUUCUCUGUCCACCACGUCCCACACCACACGUCCGCCCACGGGAACAGCCUCCCGAACCACCAACAAUGCCCCAACCCCAUCACGACCCCACAGCACUCUUUCCACUCAUGGUCCAACCUCUGUCACCUCCUCUGUCACUCCAACGUCUCACCAUGUUAUCACCCCGACCGGUUCAGAGGCCCACACUCCCACGUCCACGGCGAGGCCAACAGGCACUCUUCCCCCAUCGACACACGUCCCUGGCACAGGCACGGUCCCCUCUCCUACUUCCCCACCAUGGACCAAGACCACUCAAGCCCACGGCUCUGCCAGCACCGCCAAAACCUCCAGUUCCUUCGUGCCACCCCCGUCAGCACCAGCCCACUCGGGGACCACAUGGGCUCCACGCACCACCAUCUCUCCCAAGCCCACCAGUAGGGGAACUGGAACCCCCGAGACACACAGCGCCACGGCCACCGCCACCCCUGUACCCCAGACUCCUGUCACCACUCACUCCGUCCCCACGGCUUCUCUUUCCACCACGUCCCACACCACACGUCCGCCCACGGGAACAACCUCCCGGACCACCAACAAUGCCCCAACCCCGUCACGACCCCACAGCACUCUUUCCACUCAUGGUCCAACCUCUGUCACCUCCUCUGUCACUCCAACGUCUCACCAUGUUAUCACCCCGACCGGUUCAGAGGCCCACACUUCCACGUCCAUGGCGAGGCCAACAGGCACUCUUCCCCCAUCAACACACGUCCCUGGGACAGGCACGGUGCCCUCCCCCACUUCCCCGCCGUGGACAAAGACCACUCAAGCCCACGGCUCUGCCAGCACCGCCAAAACCUCCAGUUCCUUCGUGCCAUCCCCGUCAGCACCAGCCCACUCGGGGACCACAUGGGCUCCACGCACCACCAUCUCACUCAAGCCCACCAGUAGGGGAACUGGAACCCCCGUGACACACAGCGCCACGGCCACCGCCACCCCCGGACCCCAGACUCCCUUCACCACUCACUCCGUCUCAACGGCUUCUCUGUCCACCACGUCCCACACCACACGUCCGCCCACGGGAACACCCUCCCGGACCACCAACAAUGCACCAACCCUGUCACGACCCCACAGCACUCUUUCCACUCAUGGUCCAACCUCUGUCACCUCCUCUGUCACUGCAACGUCCAACCUUGUUGUCACCCCAACCGGUCCAGAGGCCCACACUUCCACGUCCACGGCGAGGCCAACAGGCACUCUUCCCCCAUCGACACACGUCCCUGGCACAGGCACGGUGCCCUCCCCCACUUCCCCGCCGUGGACCAAGACCACUCAAGCCCACGGCUCUGCCAGCACUGCCAAAACCUCCAGUUCCUUCGUGCCAUCCCCGUCAGCACCAGCCCACUCGGGGACCACAUGGGCUCCACGCACCACCAUCUCCCCCAAGCCCACCAGUAGGGGAACUGGAACCCCCGAGACACACAGCGCCACGCCCACCGCCACCCCCAGAACCCAGACUCACUUCACCACUCACUCCGUCUCCACGGCUUCUCUGUCCACCACGUCCCACACCACACGUCCGCCCACGGGAACAACCUCCCGGACCACCAACAAUGCCCCAACCCCGUCACGACCCCACAGCACUCUUUCCACUCAUGGUCGAACCUCUGUCACUUCCUCUGUCACUCCAACGUCUCACCAUGUUAUCACCCCGACCGGUUCAGAGGCCCACACUUCCACGUCCACGGCGAGGCCAACAGGCACUCUUCCCCCAUUGACACACGUCCCUGGCACAGGCACGGUCCCCUCUCCUACUUCCCCACCAUGGACCAAGACCACUCAAGCCCACGGCUCUGCCACCACCGCCAAAACCUCCAGUUCCUUCGUGCCAUCCCCGUCAGCACCAGCCCACUCGGGGACCACAUGGGCUCCACGCACCACCAUCUCCCCCAAGCCCACCAGUAGCGGAACUGGAACCCCCAUAACACACAGCGCCACGGCCACCGCCACCCCCAGACCCCAGACUCACUUCACCACUCACUCCAUCUCCACGGCUUCUCUGUCCACCACGUCCCACACCACACGUCUGCCCACGGGAACACCCUCCCGGACCACCAACAAUGCCCCAACCCCGUCACGACCCCACAGCACUCUUUCCACUCAUGGUCCAACCUCUGUCACCUCCUCUGUCACUGCAACGUCUCACCAUGUUAUCACCCCGACCGGUUCAGAGGCCCACACUUCCACGUCCACGGCGAGGCCAACAGGCACUCUUCCCCCAUCGACACACGUCCCUGGCACAGGCACGGUGCCCUCCCCCACUUCCCCGCCGUGGACCAAGACCACUCAAGCCCACGGCUCUGCCAGCACCGCCAAAACCUCCAGUUCCUUCGUGCCAUCCCCGUCAGCACCAGCCCACUCGGGGACCACAUGGGCUCCAGGCACCACCAUCUCGCUCAAGCCCACCAGUAGGGGAACUGGAACCCCCGAGACACACAGCGCCACGCCCACCGCCACCCCCGGACCCCAGACUCCCUUCACCACUCACGCCGUCCCCACGGCUUCUCUGUCCACCACGUCCCACACCACACGUCCGCCCACGGGAACAACCUCCCGGACCACCAACAAUGCCCCAACCCCGUCACGACCCCACAGCACUCUUUCCACUCAUGGUCCAACCUCUGUCACCUCCUCUGUCACUCCAACGUCCAACCUUGUUGUUACCCCAACCGGUCCAGAGGCCGACACUUCCAUGUCCACGGCGAGGCCAACAGGCACUCUUCCCCCAUCGACACACGUCCCUGGCACAGGCACGGUGCCCUCCCCCACUUCCCCGCCGUGGACCAAGACCACUCAAGCCCACGGCUCUGCCAGCACCGCCAAAACCUCCAGUUCCUUCGUGCCACCCCCGUCAGCACCAGCCCACUCGGGGACCACAUGGGCUCCACGCACCACCAUCUCCCCCAAGCCCACCAGUAGGGGAACUGGAACCCCCGAGACACACAGCGCCACGGCCACCGCCACCCCCGUACCCCAGACUCCUGUCACCACUCACUCCGUCCCCACGGCUUCUCUUUCCACCACGUCCCACACCACACGUCCGCCCACGGGAACACCCUCCCGGACCACCAACAAUGCCCCAACCCCGUCACGACCCCACAGCACUCUUUCCACUCAUGGUCCAACCUCUGUCACCUCCUCUGUCACUCCAACGUCUCACCAUGUUAUCACCCCCACCGGUUCAGAGGCCCACACUUUCACGUCCACGGCGAGGCCAACAGGCACUCUUCCCUCGUCGACACAAGUCCCUGGCACAGGCACGGUGCCCUCCCCCACUUCCCCGCCGUGGACCAAGACCACUCAAGCCCACGGCUCUGCCAGCACCGCCAAAACCUCCAGUUCCUUCGUGCCAUCCCCGUCAGCACCAGCCCACUCGGGGACCACAUGGGCUCCACGCACCACCAACUCCCCCAAGCCCACCAGUAGGGGAACUGGAACCCCCGAGACACACAGCGCCACGCCCACCGCCACCCCCAGACCCCAGACUCACUUCACCACUCACUCCGUCUCCACGGGUUCUCUGUCCACCACGUCCCACACCGCACGUCCGCCCACGGGAACAACCUCCCGGACCACCAACAAUGCCCCAACCCCGUCACGACCCCACAGCACUCUUUCCACUCAUGGUCCAACCUCUGUCACCUCCUCUGUCACUGCAACGUCUCACCAUGUUAUCACCCCGACCGGUCCAGAGGCCCACACUUCCACGUCCACGGCGAGGCCAACAGGCACUCUUCCCCCAUCGACACACGUCCCUGGCACAGGCACGGUGCCCUCCCCCACUUCCCCGCCGUGGACCAAGACCACUCAAGCCCACGGCUCUGCCAGCACCGCCAAAACCUCCAGUUCCUUCGUGCCAUCCCCGUCAGCACCAGCCCACUCGGGGACUACAUGGGCUCCACGCACCACCAUCUCCCCCAAGCCCACCAGUAGCGGAACUGGAACCCCCAUAACACACAGCGCCACGGCCACCGCCACCCCCGGACCCCAGACUCACUUCACCACUCACUCCGUCUCCACGGCUUCUCUGUCCACCACGUCCCACACCACACGUCCGCCCACGGGAACAACCUCCCGGACCACCAACAAUGCCCCAACCCCGUCACGACCCCACAGCACUCUUUCCACUCAUGGUCCAACCUCUGUCACCUCCUCUGUCACUCCAACGUCUCACCAUGUUAUCACCCCCACCGGUUCAGAGGCCCACACUUCCACGUCCACGGCGAGGCCAACAGGCACUCUUCCCCCAUCGACACACGUCCCUGGCACAGGCACAGUGCCCUCCCCCACUUCCCCGCCGUGGACCAAGACCACUCAAGCCCACGGCUCUGCCAGCACCGCCAAAACCUCCAGUUCCUUCGUGCCACCCCCGUCAGCACCAGCCCACUCGGGGACCACAUGGGCUCCACGCACCACCAUCUCUUCCAAGCCCACCAGUAGGGGAACUGGAACCCCCGAGACACACAGCGCCACGGCCACCGCCACCCCCGUACCCCAGACUCCUGUCACCACUCACUCCGUCCCCACGGCUUCUCUUUCCACCACGUCCCACACCACACGUCCGCCCACGGGAACACCCUCCCGGACCACCAACAAUGCCCCAACCCCGUCACGACCCCACAGCACUCUUUCCACUCAUGGUCCAACCUCUGUCACCUCCUCUGUCACUGCAACGUCAAACCUUGUUGUCACCCCAACCGGUCCAGAGGCCCACACUUCCAUGUCCACGGCGAGGCCAACAGGCACUCUUCCCCCAUCGACACACGUCCCUGGCACAGGCACGGUGCCCUCCCCCACUUCCCCGCCGUGGACCAAGACCACUCAAGCCCACGGCUCUGCCAGCACCGCCAAAACCUCCAGUUCCUUCGUGCCAUCCCCGUCAGCACCAGCCCACUCGGGGACCACAUGGGCUCCACGCACCACCAUCUCCCUCAAGCCCACCAGUAGCGGAACUGGAAACCCCGUGACACACAGCGCCACGCCCACCGCCACCCCCAGACCCCAGACUCACUUCACCACUCACUCCAUCUCCACGGCUUCUCUGUCCACCACGUCCCACACCACACGUCCGCCCACGGGAACAACCUCCCGGACCACCAACAAUGCCCCAACCCCGUCACGACCCCACAGCACUCUUUCCACUCAUGGUCCAACCUCUGUCACCUCCUCUGUCACUGCAACGUCUCACCAUGUUAUCACCCCGACCGGUCCAGAGGCCCACACUUCCACGUCCACGGCGAGGCCAACAGGCACUCUUCCCCCAUCGACACACGUCCCUGGCACAGGCACGGUGCCCUCCCCCACUUCCCCGCCGUGGACCAAGACCACUCAAGCCCACGGCUCUGCCAGCACUGCCAAAACCUCCAGUUCCUUCGUGCCAUCCCCGUCAGCACCAGCCCACUCGGGGACUACAUGGGCUCCACGCACCACCAUCUCCCUCAAGCCCACCAGUAGCGGAACUGGAACCCCCGUGACACACAGCGCCAUGCCCACCGCCACCCCCAGACCCCAGACUCACUUCACCACUCACUCCAUCUCCACGGCUUCUCUGUCCACCACGUCCCACACCACACGUCCGCCCACGGGAACACCCUCCCGGACCACCAACAAUGCCCCAACCCCGUCACGACCCCACAGCACUCUUUCCACUCAUGGUCCAACCUCUGUCACCUCCUCUGUCACUCCAACGUCUCACCAUGUUAUCACCCCGACCGGUUCAGAGGCCCACACUUCCACGUCCACGGCGAGGCCAACAGGCACUCUUCCCAAAUCGACACACGUCCCUGGCACAGGCACGGUGCCCUCCCCCACUUCCCCGCCGUGGACCAAGACCACUCAAGCCCACGGCUCUGCCAGCACCGCCAAAACCUCCAGUUCCUUCGUGCCAUCCCCGUCAGCACCAGCCCACUCGGGGACCACAUGGGCUCCACGCACCACCAUCUCCCCCAAGCCCACCAGUAGGGGAACUGGAACCCCCGAGACACACAGCGCCACGGCCACCGCCACCCCCGGACCCCAGACUCACUUCACCACUCACUCCAUCUCAACGGCUUCUCUGUCCACCACGUCCCACACCACACGUCCGCCCACGGGAACACCCUCCCGGACCACCAACAAUGCCCCAACCCCGUCACGACCCCACAGCACUCUUUCCACUCAUGGUCCAACCUCUGUCACCUCCUCUGUCACUGCAACGUCUCACCAUGUUAUCACCCCCACCGGUUCAGAGGCCCACACUUCCACGUCCACGGCGAGGCCAACAGGCACUCUUCCCCCAUCGACACACGUCCCUGGCACAGGCACGGUGCCCUCCCCCACUUCCCCGCCGUGGACCAAGACCACCCACGCCCACAGCUCUGUGUGGCCCUCCCUGUCGCCCUCAUUCUCCCCUACUGUCCCCCCUUCUGCUCUGCCCACCACCUCCCCUAUCCUUGUGUCUCCCCUUCCCUCUCUGGGCCCCACCCCGAGUCCUACCGACUUCCUGUCCACGCCCAGGACCUCCGCCAGCACACCUCCGCCCUCCACGCUGGUUUCUCAGGCCUCCACCAUGCAGGUCACCCCUCUCACCACUGGAGCUCCUGGGCCGAGCCUCCCGUCAUCCACGCUGGGUGUGACCACUGUUCCGAGUUCUCCAGCCACCAACCUGACCACGAGGCAGCCUAGCACCGUCUUUCUGACCAGCUCCAUCACAGCGCAGGGGAGCUCCGCAUCCCCCACUGGGGGCACCGCUGCUGUCAUCACAUCUGUGCCCAGCCCCCCAGUCCUGAGGGACCGCUCACCUCAUCACCCUUCCACACUGGCCCCUCUGGAGUUCAGAGAAGCCUGCGGCCUGAGGGAGCUAGAGGAGGAGGUGACGUACCAGGGGUGCACGGCCAACGUGACAGUGACCCGCUGCGAGGGCAUCUGUACCUCCUCGGUCAGCUUCAACACGGACACCCACCAAGUGGACGCCCAGUGCAGCUGCUGCCACCCCAUCGGCUCCUAUGAGAAGCAGCUGGAGCUGCCCUGCCCAGACCCGGCGGCGCAGGGCGGCUGGCUGGUAUUCACACUGCGCGUGUUCACUGGCUGUGCCUGCAGCCCCCGGCGCUGUGGGGAUUAGGAGGCAGCCCCUGAGAGGACGAGGUGGUGCCCGGCCCCCAGCAGCCCCUCUGGCAUGGCCCCAGGCAGCUC